AAGGGAGCGGGAACAGUUUAUCUGGAUGGCUGGGAUGGGGAGAACCCCCUCGCUGAGGGGGAAGGCGGGCAAGGGGGGUCGCGCUCUGGUGCCGCCUCUCCCAUUGCAACGCUGUGUUUGUCCUGGCGUAUUGUGCCCAAAUGUUGCUGCCGUUGCUCCACCACACUUAUGGUUGGUGAUGCCAUUCCCUAUCAUGUCUUGCCGCAUCUUCAAAAUAUCCCCGUCCUGCCAUAACGGUUGUCGUGGCACAUCGGAGGUUUGUUUCCAUCACGAUAUUCUUGUGAUGACCACGAUGCGGAAAAAGGACACUGGGAAGACAUUGACAGAGGCAGGACCUUGGAAUACCGCUAGCUGAGACAACUUGUUUGAGGUCACAGCUUUGUUUUCAGGGUAUUUCACCGGGUACUUAAGCAUUUUACAUGAGAAGAAUGCCAUCCAGCUGCCUGUCCUCCCAUGCAGAACGCUUUGGUCUUUGCUUCUACCUUUGCUGGAGCACUGAGGACGCUGCAUUUGUCUGUGCCGCGGUAAAGAAGCGUUAUCUCAGCACGUUGUUGGGCUGACAUGAGGCGCUGAGGUGCUGCCGUGGCACGCUGCACCAUGUUGCCAUUGCUUACACAGGUCUCUUCAUCCUGGGGGGAUCUGGGAGCCGUCACUGCCUUGCAGAUGGGAAGUAUCUCCACUGUGACAUUGCAACAGCGUGUGAUUGGGGCCCUGAUUUUCCUGAGCAGUGCGGGAGAUGACCUGUGUGUCUUGUCAUCCUGCUCCCAUCCAUACCACUUCCCUCUGGCUACAGCUGGAGUUCGUAGAAAACAGACCCAGGUCAAGUAAUAUGGACAAGGCAAAGGAGCGCUUCUCUUGCCGAGUCUGAAAUAUGUGUUAAACUAGCUCAGGAAACCACGUUAGUUAUCAAAGCAGUAACAGUGGAAAGGGAAACCUCUCUUUUUCCUUGCUUUCUUGCCAGAGUGGUUUCAGCCUGAAGGGUUUUCUCUGGACAAGCACAGUCUGCCUUGCGCUGGCAAACAGCUUUGUCGGUACAGAAGGCUCAGGCUCCUCCUCUGCCUGUGUUUUCUAAAACGUGGCCGUUGCUUUGUUCCACAUGCUCAAAAACUUGAGUUCAGACUUGAGGGAGUGCUGGAGUCAUCCAGAAAUCCAAAUGUGAAAGUAAUUGGUCAACCUCUGUGUGACUUUUGAGAGGAAGGUUGUUCUCAUCUUUCAGAGAUAGCUCAUUCUCGUUUCCCUGAGAAGCAGAGACUAAUGGAAGGAAAGCAGCUGUUGGGAAACUGUUGGGAAUUUAAUCUGUUCCCCAUGCCCAGCACCCCAAGAUUAAGCUCAGAUGGCCCAUGGAUAUAGGAGCCGUUUUCCAGCAUUGUGGUGCACUGUCAAAAUAAAUGGAGUUCACCACUGUGACCUUUCAUGGUGAUCAAAACUGUCACCAGCAAUAAGAGCAUCUACACCUUGGCCAGGAACCAUUCUUGAUCUGGAGGUGUCUGGUAGUGCCUUAAGCGUCCUGAGGCAUGUGAUGCUGUUGCAUUUUCCGCGUCCUGUGUGAUAUUUGGAUUUGAAGUGGCAGACUGCAGCUACCUCACCUUCAAACAAAUAACUUCACAUCAUGUGGCAUCAGCAGGCAGUGUAAUCAGGAAUAUUCUCUCUGUCAUCAUUUACAUUUUUAAGCUAGACCUGCCUUACUCCCCUGCUCCUUUGACUUUGACUCUUGUUCCUGUGGUUGUCUGGCUUUGUAAAUAAUUUGAUGGAUUGUUUAGUUUCACACAUGUUUAAAUCUGGGUGUGAAAUGAGCCGUUUGCUUUGUCAGUCACUUGUUUCUUCUUUUCUCAGCCCAGCUUUCUGGGCGCUAGUUAUUUUGUGGUGACUCCAGCUCACAACAGUUCCCACUUGCUCUAGUGCUAUAUUACUGCUUCAGGGAAAUAAAACUCGUGCUUUAGUUACUGAAUUGUCACCCUGUUGUGCUGACUAUUACUCUUCAUUUUAGCACCUGGUCAUUAAUAUAAGAUCUCAUCAUUCCUGAAGUAUUCUUGACAUCUUUUCAAGCCAGCCCAUCCACUGCUAACAGUUUCAGUCUUCGUUUUCAAAAUCUUUUACGUGCAGCUCCUUAUUGAUCCCUGUGUGAAGGAGGCACAAUCAGUUUAUAGAUCAUUGUCUUGGGAAAGAGAGUUCUGCAGGUCACUCAAGACUGGAGGGAGUGAGUGUAGACCACACCUGUAUUUUUUUCAUGAAACCGGGAUUGUUUGCUUGGAAGGAUUUACCCAAGAGAGUUUUAUACUUGGUCACAUUCCAGCAAAGCCCAGCAAAAGGGCACUGACACUUCCCCAGGCUGUGAAGCCGUUUCCCAGUAUGACCAUCCUCAAAAUGGAGGCUGUCCAAAUCCUUUUCAUCCCCUUCUUUCGUUGUCCCGUAAACUCCUCCCUUUUCUUUUAAUGUGCACGGUCACUGGGCUCUGUCUGCAGCCAGACAAAGUGGUCUCUAGUGGGGUUAUCUUGCUGCUAAUAAACAGACGCUCGGGGAUGGUGAAUUGCAGCGUGUGUGCUGGUUGGACUAGAGGCAUCCUCUUUUCACUGGUCCUGGUAGAGGAAGCAGCAAGAAUUCCACAGCUGUUGCACAGAUCCUUCCCCUUCUUCCCUGUCAGUCCUUCUGUUGUAUGGCAAUACCUUCUGCUGCCUUCCAGGCCAGCCAUUAUCUUUGUGGUAAUUAUACCUAGAAAAUAGCCGCCUCCCUAGUCGUUACAGAUUUUGCAAUAUAUGUGUUAAUACCUGAAGGUGCUAACUUAGAACCCAAAAUCUGGGCUGGCUUUAUUGUUAAGAGGAUAAAUCGUGAUGUGAAGCUGUUUUCUUAAAGAAGUUGUAAGAGCCUCAUACUGAGGCACUGUAGACGUCCUGGCUCCCGCUGAGCGGGUGAGGAGUGAUGGUGCAUGGCUGAGGAUCGUAAAAAGACGUUGUUAGUGACAGGGGGACUGACAGUAUGAUUUUCUUCUGCAGUUGGAUGCUUUCAGUCACCCAAAGGCAAUCAUUAAUUACCUGCUUGCUCCCUACCUAGACUGAACUUGAUGAACAGCAUUUCCAUGUACAGCAGCCCAAGGAGCAGCAGAUGUUCUGGGUUAUUUUCCAAGCCUCAGCCCAUACUGCUGCCUGAACUUCUGACCAAGCACUGAAUGCCAGAAAGCAGUUGUGUCAAUGGGCUCAGCUGAUCACCGACUGAACCUAGCAGAGAUCCUUUCACAGAACUAUGGUGUGCGGGAAGAAAGGGAAGAAGAUGAUGAUACUCAGGAGAAGCAGAAGUCUUUAGAAGAGCUGGAGAAGAGUCUCAGUGCCUCUCAGAGCAGUGAAAUGCCAUUUGAGGAGCUGCUUGCACUUUAUGGCUAUGAGGCAUCUGAUCCCAUCUCGGAACAGGACAGCGAGAGCAAUGAUAUUGCUCCAAAUCUCCCAGAUAUGACUCUGGACAAGGAACAAAUAGCGAAGGAUUUGCUUUCAGGGGAAGAAGAGGAGGAGACACAGUCCUCAGCUGAUGAUCUGACUCCAUCCGUCACAUCCCACGAUGCAUCGGACCUCUUCCCAAACCAGCCUGGCUCAAACAACUUCCUUGCCGAUGAAGACAAAGAGCCCUGUUCAUCUCCAUGUGCUUCCUCCAUGGCUGAGGAUUCAGAGGAGGAUUCCAUCCCGUCUAACGAGUGUAAGAAGGAGAUCAUGGUUGGACCUCAGUACCAAGCCACUGUUCCCAUCCUCCACUUAAACAGGCACGGUGAAAAAGUGCUUUUUCUGUUAGCCUAUGAGAAUGAAGAUCAGCUGCUUUGGGACCCAAACAUACUCCCCGAAAGAGAGGUUGAAGAGUUCCUCUACCGCGCAGUGAAGCGGCGAUGGGAUGAGCUGUCUAGCAGCAGCCUGCCAGAAGGAGAGGUGGUGAAGGACAACGAGCAGGCUUUGUAUGAACUGGUUAAAUGCAACUUCAAUGCAGAAGAGGCACUGCGGAGGUUACGGUUCAAUGUGAAGGUCAUCAGAGAUGAGCUUUGUGCCUGGAGUGAGGAAGAAUGUAGAAAUUUUGAACAUGGCUUCAGGGUCCAUGGGAAAAACUUUCAUCUUAUCCAAGCAAACAAGGUCCGCACCCGGUCAGUGGGCGAGUGUGUGGAGUAUUACUACAUGUGGAAAAAAUCAGAGCGCUAUGACUACUUCACUCAGCAGACUCGUUUAGGAAGGAAGAAGUACGUCCUCCACCCUGGAGCCACGGAUUACACCGACAAUGACUUGGAUGGGGGUGAAGUAGAAAACACCAGUCGUUCUCGGAGCUCCCCGCCAAUUCCCUCGGCAACUGGCUGCCUGGAUCCUCACUUUGGUCAAGAUCAGAUAGCAAUAGAGAGCACAGAGCCCCUGAGCGUGGAGAGCACAGUCUGCAGCCUGGGCAGCAUGAGUGAAUCGGGGCAGGGCUAUGAGUGCAGUACUCCUUCCGAGACAAAUUGCUCCUUCGACCCCACGGAGGAGACGUCCUCAGGCGCCAUCUCAGCUUCCUGCACGCAACAUGCUGUCAACCCCUCGGAGUCGGGGCUCUACGCUUUGCCGCUGGCAGGACCAGCACUAGCAGAGAAGCAGGAGACAUUGCAGAGCUCUGGUGAGACGAUAACCAUGGACUUCACUCUCCCUGCAGACAUUAAUGAGGGUUUGCCUUUAAUUGCUGGCCCUGUGGAUUUGGACAGAGACCCAGAGGCAGUGGUGGCCCCUGCGCAAGUGUCCUUAUCGGUCACAGAUUUUGGCCUCAUUGGCAUUGGAGAUGUAAAUAGUUUUCUGACUGCUCAUCAGGCUUGCCCAGCACCUGUGGCUCGGUCAGAGCCUUUGUCACAGUGAGAAUUUCCAGUCACAAACUUGUCACAGACCCAGCAAGGACUUUGACCUGACUGAGUCAAAUCCUGGAACUUCCGCUGUUCCGUAGGGACAGUUUGGAGCUGUUGGUCAGAAUCUGUCUUUCCAUCCUCCUUGAUCCAAGGCUGCAGUGAAACCAAACACCUUUCUGCUCCAGUGUGUUCUGACACAAUCACGCAAAGCUGGUGGCUGGCUUUAGUGGGGGGGGGGGGGGGGGAGCGGUUCAUCACCCCCUGUUUUGUUGACCACAUGUCACCCCAGGUAAUGCCAGGCUGUUUAAAUAGUCCCUGCCUCAGGACGGGAGAGACAUCCCUUGGCCCCAGUGGGACAGUCUGAGUGCAGAGAUGCUUGGAGAACAGCAGGGAUGUAUCACUGGUGCUUUUGGGGCUGGGACUGAGGAUGCAGUCUGGAGGUCCGAGAGCUUAGGAAACCCACAGGGAGCACCGUCCACGGAGGCUGUGGGGCAGUUGAACUGCAGAGAUGGGCAUGGUGAUGCCAAAGGAAGAUGAGGAGUCUUGGCACUUCACCCACAGAUAGUGUGUUGCAACAGAGGUGGUUCUCCCCGUUCCCCUCCCAACAGCUACCGGGCACUCCUGAGGUGUGGGCCGUGACAGGCACGCACACUGCGGUUUUCAAACCUCUUGCUGCUCUACAUGUCUUCCUGCCUGCUCUCCCACCAGCUGCAGGUGGGAUGUGGCCUGGUCCAGCCCUUUGGCAGAAGAGGCAGGUCUUGGGGAAGGGAUUCUGCGUGGUGCAGCGGCACUGGGUGCGCUCAGGUCCUCCUCGCCUUCCCUUGUAGUGCUGGGCUGUGGAGCAUGGGGAGGAAAGGGAGUUUCUAGACCCACGGUGAUGUUGGCCCCAGUGGUGCAGUGCUGCCGCUUCUGUUGCUGGCAGUGAACGACUUGAGCCUUGCUGACUGCAGCAGUACAGGAGGGUAAAACGCAGAUGAAAAUGUCUGCCGCUCCACAGCUUGUUCAGACAAUUUGUCAGCUGUGGGAGGAGGUUGCUCGGCUGCCAGGGCACCAAGGCCAGGACACCAGGGCUAGCAUGGAGCCCCAGGCAGGGGAGCACGCCAGUCCCUGGGCAUCCCUGCCCCUUUCUGCAUCACAGAAAAAGCUCUCUGUUUUCUGAGAGGAAAAUGUGUCUUUACUGCCAUUAGCAAUGUUCAAGGAGGUGACAAGGGUGGCUUCCAUGGCAGCGAGGUGGCCAGCUGCUCUGCAGAGCGCCACAGUGGCAUGUGUGUGGGUGUGCUGGAGUCCGGAGCUGCUUCGCUUCCCGGGUGUGUUCCAGGUCUGGGGUUUGCCACUGGCUUAAAUCCGCAUGUUCUCAUUCCCCUUUUUUCCGUGCAGGGCAUGCUGUCUGCUGACUUGCUGGGCAAGGCUCUGAUGCAGAUGUUCCCUUCCUCCAGCCAUUUUCUGCAUUUGGGAAGGGGUUUGGGUUGAGGUAUUUUGCUUGUUUUGGUAGAGGCCUCCGGGCUGUGAUCCUGCAGUUGGUUCUGCUGCCAGUGGAUUUGGAAGAUGACUAUAAAACCAUUAGCCCGCGUCCUCCUCUUUCCCCAGCCCUAUGAAGUUGUGCUCAGCCCUGCAGCAGGAGCACAGAGACAGCGUCGGGCAGCUUCACGGGAUGACAGGAUCAGACCUCGUCUCUCAUCUUCAAAGCCCCAGACCUGGCUUUUGCAUGCAUUAGCAGGGGGCUGUUUCGGUCCCUGGCCAGCUCUGCUGAGAGGUGCUGAGCUCCAGCCACGCGCGGCUGCCUUGGCCAGGCAUUGCUUUGGCAUCCAGACGCGGUAGCCGGAGAUCUCCCCUCCAGUUGCUCCCAGGUGCUGGAAACGGAAAGCAAAUACAAGUGCCUGGUCCAUAGUGGAACUGCCCAGGCUGUGAUUCCCCUUUUCUGGGGGAGAGGAAGCUCCUUGGCUGAAAGGGGAAGAGGAGGCAGGGUGAGAGCACAGGCAGCCCUCCCAGGGAGGGCCAGGCCUUGGCAUCUCCUUUCCAUCAGCCAAGAACAUUCUUAGUUUUCCUGAAACCAUCUUUUUUUUUUUUCUUUUUUUUUUUUCCCCCCUUUGGUUUGUUUCAAGCCCUAACGAAAGGAGAGGGGAGGCCGGGGGAGGCAGAAAUCUCUCUUAUUUAUGUUCUUCAGUGUUGUUUACAGAUUCGCAUGGGGUCUUUCAACAUGAGCGCGGCGCUUUUUCCAUGUAACUUUACGGGAGAGGGAUGGAAAGGGCUGGGACAGGGAGGGGGAGUCACUUGGGGAGGAGGCUUGGUUUUGGUUUUUUGCUGGGGUUUUCUUUUUCCUUCUUACAAAGCACAUUCACUUUGAGCCGCUCCCAAUGCUGGAUUUUUUUUUCCCCCCUCCCCCCUUCCCCUCCCCCAAGCCCUACACUGUGAAGUGAUACUGCCUUGAAGACCCCUCACCGUUAUUUAUUUAAUUAAAAACCUAAUUUGAAAGUGA